AGUGCGCCAUCCCUAAACAUUACUAAAAUGUGUAUUAUAACAUCAUUUUGUCAUUGGUCAAAAUUUCUCGAAAAAUACACUAGCACCCCUUAUCAUUUCUUUUAUCAGUGAUCUUUAUUGAAAAUAUUUUGUUAAGAACAAAAAAUACCAAAUUGAAAGACAUUCAUCUUUUUAACGUGUAUCAUAUGUUACUAAGUUGUGUUAGAGUUAUGUAUUAUCCGUUCAGCAAACACAUGAUGGACAAAUGCUAAAAUAAUAUACUAAUUUAUUUGAAGAUCCACAAAUCUAUGUAAUUCUAUGCACAAGGAGCAUAGUGUUGGAUGUCAAAAAUGAAAAAUGAAGCUGAUAAUAUACCAACUUAAAAUAAUUUACAAAUUCAAAAAUAGGAUAUUUCCAAAAUUUUCGUUAAUUGUUUGGUAAUUAACCAUUCAAACGAGACAAGAACCACGAUCCACUGAUCUCGAUUAAUUCUAGUUCCAGAAAGAGACGUCUAGAUCUGAUCAGGUAGAUAGACACAGUGACGAAGCAAAGAAAAACAAUAAUAAUAACACAGAAAAACUAGAUAAGAACUCUUACCAAUUUCCACUUUGAAUAAAAAAGAAAAAGAAAAAAAUAGAAUAAAAAUUCAACGAUUUGCCAAGAUAAAAGCACGACAUUUCACAUAAGCUUGGCAAUCACUUACGUGUUAGAUACUCAAUUUGACACAGUUCUUGGCUCUGCAAUUGAGAAAAUGUUUAAAGCAAUCUCAUCUCUGCGCAAAAGUCUGGUUCUACCUCUUCAUUCAAAUAUUCGUACGCUACAAACUUUCUCUAAGUACAACGCACAAGCUGCCUCAGCCUUGCGAGAGAAACCUCUUUAUCAAGAUGAGGAGUAUGCUGAUGUGGACUGGGACAAUCUUGGGUUUGGUCUAACUCCAGCUGAUUACAUGUACGUCAUGAAAUGCUCAAAAGACGGUGAGUUCACUCAAGGUGAAAUCAGUCGCUUUGGCAAUAUUCAGCUGAGUCCUUCUGCUGGUGUCUUAAACUAUGGACAGGCAAUUUAUGAAGGUACAAAAGCAUACAGGAAAGAAAAUGGGAAGCUUCUUCUGUUUCGCCCUGAUCACAACGCUGUCAGAAUGCAGCUUGGUGCUGAACGGAUGCUCAUGCCUUCUCCUUCGGUUGAUCAGUUUGUUGAUGCAGUUAAACAAACCGCUUAUGCAAAUAAACGUUGGGUUCCUCCUUCAGGGAAAGGUUCUUUGUACAUUAGGCCUCUGUUGAUGGGAAGUGGUCCUAUUCUUGGUUUAGGACCUUCACCUGAAUAUACAUUCAUUGUCUAUGCAUCUCCUGUUGGUAACUACUUCAAGGAAGGUAUUGCUGCUUUAAACCUCUAUGUUGAGGAAGAGUAUGUCCGGGCAGCUCCUGGUGGAGCUGGAGGAGUCAAGAGCAUCACAAACUAUGCACCAGUUUUGAAAGCACUGAGUAGAGCCAAGAGCCGUGGGUUUUCAGACGUUCUUUAUCUUGAUUCUGUUAAGAAGAAGUAUCUUGAGGAAGCUUCUUCUUGCAACGUCUUUGUUGUAAAGGGUCGGACAAUCUCAACUCCUGCAACCAAUGGGACAAUCCUCGAGGGGGUUACUCGGAAAAGUGUGAUGGAGAUCGCCAGUGAUCAAGGUUAUGAGGUAGUAGAGAAGUCAGUUCAUGUGGAUGAAGUAAUGGAUGCAGAUGAAGUUUUCUGCACCGGAACUGCUGUUGGAGUAGCUCCUGUGGGCACUAUAACAUAUCAGGACAAAAGAGUAGAGUAUGAAACCGGGGAUGAAUCUGUCUGCCAGAAACUGCGUUCGGUUCUUGUCGGUAUUCAGACAGGAUCGAUUGAAGAUACCAAAGGAUGGGUCACAUGUAUCAACUGAUAAACCAGUUAUCAACCAGAUUACUCUGCAUUGUAUACACAACACUUAUGUAAAACAUUUAUGAUAUAGAAAAAGCUCUUUUGAUCA